UCUGAAUUCAUUGCUAAAAGGUUAAGAGAGGCUCUGAGUGUUGGAAGAGCAACAGUGAGUCAUACUGCUGAGGAACUCACCACAGCGGCGAAUCCCAAUGGAAACAAUUUACAGCUAAUAGAGGUUCCGCAAACAAUGUGGGGUUCAUUAUCUCAAAAAAGUGGACAGAGACAAAUUUACAAUGAUCCAUCAGUUGAUCUCCCAUCACAUCAUCAUAAAAAUACUAAUGAUCAAAAUUUGGAUACACGAAACUUAAAAACAACAACAUCAGUAUUACCAUCAUUGACUUCGGCAAUUUCAAAUGGAGCAAAAAAUAAAGCAGAGAGAAUUAUAAAUGAUGGACAGAUAUCAGAAAAAGGUAUUUCUGAAUUCACAGCUAAAAAGUUAAGAAAAGUUCUGAUUGCUAAAAUAACAACAGAGGAUCAGGCUGCUGAGGAACUCACCCCAACUGUAAAUCCUUAUGGAAACAAUUUACAGCUAAUAGAAGUUCCGCAAAUAAUGUGGGGUUCUCAAAGAAGUGGAGACAGAAGGAUGUACAAUGAUCCAUCUACAGAUCUCCCAUCACAUCACCAUAACAAUACUAAUGAUCAAAGUUUGGAUACCCAAAACUUACAAACAACAACACCAAUAAUACCGCUGUUUAAUGAAAUCUGGCGUGAUUAUAAACAUUACUUACAUUUAAUGGCGACCUUUCAACAGCGUUUAUACAUAGAAAGUCAAAACAUUUCUGCUACAGAAGAGAAAUUAAAAUUUUGCGAAGAAUUACUUUUACUUCGCCUGCCGAAUAUGCAGUCAUUAUUGUUAGGGAAGUAUAUACCAAUUGAACAUGCCUUGCAAUUUAUAUCCAACUAUAUGCAUUUGCUAAUUCACUCUCAAAUUUUAUCUAAACGAUUACCGACUUCAUUAUCUUCAAAAUGCUCAUCGAUGAAGUGUCAAGACAGAAUAAAUCAGUUAAUUCUGUCUACUUAUCAGUUGAAUCAAACUUCUUCAAAUACGUCACAAGGAGAUGUUAGAGCAUUACUAAACUUUUUUGAACAUCCUGAUCAAAUGGCGCUAUCUUCACAUCAACAGCUACAAAUGCAAGCGUCACCACCUGGAAAUUAG